AUGUCUCGGAGAACAUCAUCUGAUUCCGAGUACGUCCCUCGUCACCAUUGGGAGUCCCUCGCCUGGACUGAGUAUGGCAUGGACGCCAAGUUGGAUGUGCUGAUGCAAGUUCUACCAGCGGACCUUGUCGAAGGCCCUAUUGCCAGAUUCUUCUACCAUUCUGAGGCCGUCCCACACAUCAUGGUAAUGGGAGGACGUUCUAAUCAGUUCGCCUAUCACGACGAAUCUGUCAUCUUCGAUACAUUCAACGAGCGAUGGGUACUGUGCGCUGCCCUUCAGAUGGCAGAUCCUCCUGUGGGUGGCUAUACUGAUAGCGUCACUAUCUACUGA